AUGAAGCUCACUGCCUCAUUCUUGUCUCUGCUCUUUGCCUCUGGCGUCGUGGCCACUCCCAUCAGCGUUGACUCGCUUCGUGUCGAGCGCGGUCUCGGCGGCGACGAGUUGUCGAGUGAUGGCUUGCAGGCAAGACAGUCGACCAGUCUCACUGCCAACGAGUUCAACACGGGCGGCUGCAAGGACGUCGUCUUGGUCUUUGCUCGUGGCACAGCCCAGCUCGGAAAUCUAGGUGCAACUCCUGGUCUUCCACUGUACAACCAGAUCAAAUCUGCCCUCGGGUCUGGCAAUGUGGCUGUUCAAGGCGUCAACUACGACGCCGUGGCUCACGGUACUCUACCCGAGGGAGUUGAUGCGACGGCGGCAAACAACAUGGCCACUCUGAUCACCAAGGUUGCAAACAACUGCCCUGAUGCUGCAAUCUUGGUGUCUGGCUACAGUCAAGGCGCCGCCAUGGUCCACGCCAGCAUCAAGCGAGUUACGGCGACGGUGAAGGCGCGCAUCAAUGCCGCUGUUACUUUUGGCGACACUCGCAACGAGCAGGACGGUGGCACGAUUCCUGGAAUCUCGGCUGACAGGACCUUGAUCAUUUGCAAUGAUGGAGACGAGGUCUGUGAUGGCACACUCGAGAUCACUGCGGCUCACUUGCAGUAUACACCCAGGGUUCCGGAGGCUGUAUCGUUCAUGAAGUCCAAGGUUUGA